UUCCGAUUUGAUUUUCAUCAAGAACUCCUUGACAGUGACUUGAGCUUGAACUGAAGAGCCAAGAGGGAAAGAAGUAUUCAAAUAAUGGUUACUUAAGGGGUUUAUUUAAUUCGUUAUCCGGACGCUUCAUUUAUCCGGACGAUUUUGACGGGAACCAAAGUGUCCGGAUUAACGAGGCUCCACUGUAUAAGCCUGAUGACCAUGCUGCGAGACUGCUGGAAAGUGUACAUCAUCAUUGUGAUGGUGAAGUUUUGUACAUGUGUAAGGAACUGUGCUCUGUACCAGUUUUGGAAUAAAUCUGCUGAGGAAUGCCAACCCUGUUCCCACUGUAAGCUUCCACAAAUUAUAGGGACUCCAUGCACAAAUGAUUCAGAUGUGGUCUGCAUGGGCUUGAAGCACCUUAACUUUAGUUUUUUAGGGGAUGCUUCCCCAAUGGUUACUCCACGACUGCCAUUUCAAAAAGAUCUCCUGUAUAUGGAGGGAGGAAAUGAUACCUGGAGACUCUUGGCAUACAUUCUAAUUGGUGUACUGUGUGUUUUGGUGGUGACAGUGAUUGUGAGUCUGUUGUUGUCAUGGCACUGCAUUAACAAAAGAAAGGCAGCUAUAAAUAGAAUUUAUGUUGAGGGAGAAGGGGAGUAUGUAGUGAUGUGCAGGCUUCCUGAUGUAGUCAGCCACCCACCCCCUACAGAAAUCCUGCCGGGAUCUCCACCACUCAGUCCCCAGAGGCGGUCCUCCAGACGUUCUCGUUUCUACCGCAGCCACAGGAUUUAUCGUCCACAGAGACGCCUCAUGAAUGAGUACGUGGAUGAUGUGUUUGAAUCGGAGGACUCGGGAGGCUCCCGUUCCAUUCGAAUCCCCCUGCAUACAAUUCCAGAGGACAGCUGAGGAGGUCUUUCUUAGUACAAUAGCUGAUAUUUGGGAAAAUAUUAUUUUCUUUAACUUCCUUAAAAAAAUUCCAGAAGACAUCUGAGGUUGAUCAAUCAUUAACUGAAAUUAUAAAAAUCCUUGAAUUUAAAAAUAAAAAAAAAAACCAACCCAAAUAUCAAUAGUUCAUAGUCACUCUGUGACAUUCCAAUGAAUUGUGAAAAAAUCUACACCCAGAGUAUAUCUUCUUUUAGCAUUACAAUGUUACCCCAUAUUUUAGUUAAGGUAUUAAGGACAUCCUGUGUAUUUUAUUUUGAAGGAGGUACCCAGUGUUAGUAUUGAAACAUUGAAUGCACUCUGAAAAUUUUAAUGUGCCAUCUAUACUGUGUGUAGCAAUACUUUUUGACGAUCAGUUUUAUGCAAUGAACACAUCUUCAUUUUUCUGUACAAGUGUUCCAUAUGAAUUGACAAUUUUACAAUUAUGUGAUCUCAAACAUAGAUAUAGUUGUAUAUGUAUAUAUGCUUCAUAAACUUAUUUAAAUCUAGUCCAAGUCUGCCUUGAGAUAACUGACUGUAAUACUGAAAUUGGUAGUACUUUUUGUACAUAGACGUUUCGAAUGCCUAAUUGUGUUCAUGCCUUUUGUAUACUUUGUGGUUGUGUCAAAAGUUAAUAUCAAUUUAUUUUGUUUUUGGGGGUGGGGGUGUUUUGGAUUUUUUUUUCACAAAGAUGACAUGAAACCGGUUUGAAUAUGGUUUAAUAUUGAAACAAACUUUAUAUACAGAACUACUCAUGUGAAACAGCUGUACUUUUGUAAGAUGUUUCAGUCACCAGAAUUUUACCACUUGUCUACAUUUUGAAAUUAUAGACAGAAAAUGGUCGUACAGGAGGGAGGGGGGGGGGGUGUCCUGUAUCAUAUGGCUUGCUAACAGGAAUUGAUGACAUACUACAAAUAUGUGGGCUUUUUUUUUAAUUACAAAAUAUUCUUUCUAGUCUACUUGUUAUAUUUAUGUUAGAAGUAGAUGACCCAGUGUGUUCCAAGGAAUUAACCACCAAC